AUGCCUAAAUGUGAUCCCAACUGCAUGUACGAAAAAAGUCAUUUGACUCCACGUUUUGAUCAAACAGGCGCUAGUGGACUGACGCAGGAAGACGUUAACAAAGUUUCAGGAACACUGAGUUUCAGUGGAGAGGAUUCCUCUCAAGCACGAGCACUUGCUGCAAAUAAACCUUCUCCAGUGGCACUGCCAACAACUCAAUUAUACCAACCAUUUGCCAAUGAGAUAGCGAAAACUGAAAAAUCAGCAACUGUAGCUUCUCUUAACCCCGUUUUUGCAACAUCUCUCCAAGAACAACGCUUUCCCAGCGAGCUAUCAUCUGCAGCGAUUUUUAAUGAAAAAGCCAGUAGCCGGCAGCUAGUGCCAUAUCAGUCACCAUCAGUGACUCCGUUACUAUUUUCAGACACAGCAGCUCAUCAAUCGCUAAACGAACCAUUUUCAAACUUACAAAAAGUUGGAGAAUUCCAACACGCUCCUUCUAGUCGAGAAAAGGUGAUCCUAAGUUCGGUUCGUAACCCAGUGGAUUAUCGACAGCAUCAUCCGUCCAGUGAACAAGCAGCUACUCCCAGGGAUGAUCAAUUUCGAAUGUCUUUAAUUCCGGAAACACAGGCUCCUCUACAACAAAAACUGAUUGGACCACCAACCACUGUUGUGAGGACCAAUUCAGAAGAUGCUAAAGGAGUUCUUCCGUCUCAGCUGCAUUCUCUACAGCAAAUAGGACUGUCAGUCUUUGACAUCAUGGAAGAUCCCAAGCAAUCGUUGCCUUCUUCCAGUAAGGCUACUCUCGGAGAAGAAGUUGAGACCUUUCCUGAUCGACUGAAGCAUUUUCUCGGCUUAAAAGCAACAGAGAAAAGCCAACAUCCUUCUUUGUAUGAAAAUGCCAAUCAUCCAAUACUAUUUUCUGACAACGACGUGGCAAUGAUGGAGCAGCCUUCGCAGUAUGUCACUGCAGCCUCAGCCGGCACAACACAAUCAGCUCCCUUUCACGACUCCUUGGAAUUAGACAAACCCCAAUGCGUGGCAGCUUGUAUGCCAGUGUGCAAUUUACAAUGUAUUCGUCGAGAUGCUGUUAAAAAGAUGUCGCCAAACUCGUCGCAGCAAACAUCUUCCAGAGUAAUCUUUGCACCAGUGCAAGAGCGCAGUUAUGAAAGUGAAAGCAUGCGUGAAAACAAAGACAAAAGAUUUCGCGCAGUAUCUUAA